AUGGCCACCAAGCACAGCAUGCAGCUGAUCCUACCGGCACUGGUCUUUCUCGCGCUCGUCUCCGCCGUGGUUCCGGCCACGACGCACCUCCGGUUCUACAUGCACGACAUCGUGACGGCGGACGCGUCGAGCCCGGCGACGGCGGUGCGCGUCGUCAGGGGCGUGGCACCGCUGCCCAACGACCCCACCAAGCGCUUCGGCGACAUGUACGCCGUCGACGACGCCCUGACGGAGGGGCCCAGCGCGUCGUCGCCGUUCGUCGGGAGGGCGCAGGGGUACUACCUCUUCGCGUCGCGGACGGACGCCGCGCUCCUGCUCAGUGCCAACAUGGUGUUCACGGCGGGGAAGCACAACGGGAGCUCCGUCGCUGUGUUCGCCAGGGACGCUAUCCUCGACACCGUCAGGGAGCUACCCGUCGUCGGCGGCAGCGGUGCGUUCCGCGGGGCUACCGGGUACGGCCUGCUCUGGACGCACACCUUCAACGCCACCUCCAACAACGCCGUGCUCCAGAUCGACAUGUACCUCGACGUGUAG